AUGACCUCCGCCUUGCCGCAGCUGCAGAGCGCUUUCGGCUGGAUCUACUUUUUCGCCUGGUCGGCCACCUUCUGGCCGCAAGUCCUGCUCAUCUUGCGCCGCCGCACCACGGCCGGCCUCUCCACCGACUUUGUCACCAUCAACAUCGUCGGCUUCAUCUCCUACGCCAUCUUCACCUUCUCCUCGUACGCCGUGCCGGCCGUCUCGUCCUCGUACGUCGCCGCGACGGGCUACCCGCCGCAAGUCGAGCUGGCCGACGUCCUCUUCGCCGCGCACGGCGCCGUCAUGUGUUCCGUGCUCGUCGCGCAGCUCUUCUUGUUCCCGCCGCGCAUCGCGCCGAGGCGCUACGUCGCCGCGAGCGCGCUCGUCGCGCAGGCUCUCGUCCUGCUGGGGCUGGCGCUCGCGCUGCGCGGCCGCCUCGACUGGUACCGCUACCUGUCCGGCGCCGGGGCCGUCAAGGUCGUGGCGUCGCUGGUCAAGCACUUCCCGCAGGUGUGGCUCAACCGCGAGCGCGGCAGCACCGUGGGCUGGAGCUUCACCAUGGUCUUGCUGGACGUGGUCGGCGGCAGCUUCAGCGUCGCGCAGCAGGCCGUCAAGGCCGUCCGCAUGGGCUCCUGGGCGCCCUUCACGGCCAACUUGGCCAAGACGUUUCUCGCCGCGGAGAGCCUGGUCUUUGAUUUUUGGUUCAUACUUCAGCACACCGUUUUCUAUGCCGACCACACCGACAUCGACCUCGCGCCGUUCAAGCCCGUAGCCGAAGACGAGCACGCCGCGGACGCCGCGGACGAGCACGUGGAGCUCGUCUCGCGGCGCGGCAACUGGGUUUGA